AUGGAUAAACCUCCUCCUCCUUACUCUCCUCCAACUGCGCCUUAUCCAAUUCAAGACCCAUGUCCUUAUCCCUCGUAUCCACAAAUGAAUCAACCAGGCAAUAUUCAAUUUUUCGGAUCUGGCUACCAACCUGCACCACCAACCACAGUGAUUGUUCAUCAACCGACAGUGACCGCAACUGCAUACCACCGACAUGCUGUUGGUAUUACUUGUCCCUUUUGCCAUAACUCUGGUAUUACAAGGGUUAGGUUAGAAUCUGGAUGCUUGCCGUGGUUGUUAUGUGGAAUUCUCUGCUUCUUCGGAUUUUUCUUUGGUUGCUGCUUGAUUCCAUUCUGUCUGGAUUCCACAAAAAGUGCUAGACAUUUUUGUCCAUCAUGUAAUCGUCAAGUUGGAUAUUACAGCCCUUUGUGA